UAAAGAAGAAUUGCACUUGCUUUUGGGUGGCAUAUCUUCCUUGUAAUGAUAAACAGUGGUCGCUGGAUUGUGAAUAAAGAAUUUGACAUAAGGUCUUUGCCGUUUUAGACUCCGAUUUUAUGAAGUUUGCGGAUUUAUGUGCCUACACAUUCCCACGUUAAUAAGGCAGGUCAGCAGUGAGGAGGGAUAGACAGCUUCGGCCACAAGAUGUCUGCUUCCUCCUACAGCCCCAAUAGUGGCAUACGCUUCAAGAGGAGAAAGGCACGCUUCACAUUCAGUGAGGUCCACAUCCUGCUGGAUGAAGUGAGGAAGAACCGUCACAUCGUCGUCGGCAAGUUCAACCGAGGUGUACCAACAGAAGUAAAGAAGCACACUUGGGCAGCGAUUACAGCCUGCAUCAACGAGAUUGGAGAAUGCCAACGUGAGGUCAUCGAGGUUAUCAAGAAAUGGUCUGAUCUGAAGUGUGACACUAAACGUAAGGUAGCUGCUAUUCGGGCUGGGGCAGUCCCUUACAGAGGUAUGAACUCUUACCUCUCCCGUGAACUCUCUCCCAUUGAGAACAUCGUCCACCAGAUCCUAGAGCUCGAUGGCAAACGUGGCAGACUGCCAACAUCUGACAGGAACGUCUACUCAGGAACGGGCUGUAGAGAAGAGGAAGAAGGAGAUGAAGAAGAAGAAGAGGAGGCUGUGACCCUAGGCAUACCCUCUUCAUCUGUCGACAACUCAAACAAUGGAGACACCUCCCAUUCUCCUUUUGAGAUGCAGUAUGAAAUAAGUUAUGAAGACCAGGAGCUGCAGCUGAUGGACUCUGAUGAGGAGUACCAGGAGAGAGCUCUGCCACCCCCGAACCUCCCAGAGGAUGAGCAUCACCCGGCCAGCCUAGGCCACGUCACCGCUUCAGCUACAACCAGCCAUCCCGCGUCAUCCUCCUCUUCAUCAUCUGGGGCCCGGAAGCAGUCGCAGCCAGCCCUGAGCGCUCAAGACAAAAUAGCCCACUGUACAGCGCUCAGCAUCCAGGAGCAACACAACACCAACGUUCUGCUGGAGACGGUGUCCCGCUCCCUGGAACUGCUCUCCGAGUCCGUGCAGCAGCUAGCGGAGACCCAGCAGGAGUUUGUGCACGACUCCCUGCAGCUGCAGAGGGAGACGGUGCACAUCCUGCGCGACUUUGCCACCGGAGCCCUCGCCCUCAUGCACGACAAGCUCAAUGGGCGGCCUGCACUGUAACGACCACCAACAGGGCCUCAAGUCCCUGUUUAUAGAGCUUUCCAACCACAUAUGCACUUGCUCCUGUGAAGCAAGGAGGCAGGACAGAGAGACAUUUAAAGUAUGAGAGGGGUUAUAUACAUCUGGGUUUUAACACUGGUCAGCUUUUGUUCGUAAAUUAUGGAUGGCACUCAUUUCAAUGGUGAGAACACCCAGUUCUUGCAUAAGGGCCAGCUUUUACUGAAGUGCAUGGCUCUUGGUUUUAUUUUUUCCUUUUGAUUGAUGUAUGUGGCCUGAAAUGGCCUAAUAUUCCAGUUUUCCUGCUGCUUGAAUGCUAGUCUGAGGUCAUUAGACAUUUGUAAUAUAUUUUGUAAUAUAUUUAUGUUUGUAAUAUAUUUUAUAAAGCAAAGGCCGACGUAGAGGGCAGUGGUUUCGACAAUCAUUCCUUUGAAAAUGUAUUCACAACCCUUUUAUGACAGCAGGCAUUAACAAGAAUUCCAGCAAACUGAAGAUGCAGAUUUAUCUGGGACAUUUCUUGUCCAUAUAAUGGUCUACAGUAUAUCACAACUGCUGUAUUUUAAUAUCUCCUGAUGGUUUAAAUGUGUUUGUGUAACAGGUAGGGUGAAUUUCAGACUGAUCAACCAGUCAUUUUUCAGUUCUAGAUCCAAGAUGGAGAUGGUGCUAGUAGUGGUUUCUUAUAUUUGUACAAACAUUAAGAUGUCCUGUUAUGACAUCUGUACUCAUAAGUUCACCAAGAAACAUGGAACAAAGUGAUUCAUGAAUGUGUGUUCUGUAAUAAAUGUUGUCAUUUAAAAAAAUAUCACCUGCUCGGAUUAUCGGAUUAUGCUUAUGGCUCAAUAAGAAGUGAUAGUUUUAUAUUUAUAUUUAUACAGUUUAUAUAUAUAGCGCAAACAGUUUUUCACAUAACUGGUACCAUUUUUCACUGAGCAACCACACAAGAAAGUCAGUGAGGGAAUAUUUGGUGAAAAUGCUUAUACAUGUGUAAUGUGUAUUUAUAAGGGUGUGUUCCUAUUAAAUCCACUUCAAUUUUUGGAUUUGAAUUAAGAAAAAAUUAAUUUUU